AACUCAUUUCUAACUAUUAAAAAUAAAACAAUAUUCAUAAAAAAACAACUAUUAAAGAUAAAAAAAAAAAAAAAAACAGAUAAGCCGACCACAACCAGCUCUGGAACCAUCUCGGCGUCCCUUUCCUCCCGCAGACCGGCGAUGGAGCCAACCUGGGAGAUAUCGGCCUCGUCGCGAAGCUCAAUCAUCAUCAGGCUCCUAUUGAUUACAACAAAUCAUUAGUUGCUGCUGCGCUGACCAUGACGCUGGACC